CGUCAACCAAAGCUGAGAGAACAAUGGUCCCGAAGAAGGCAAAAAGCAAGCGGGUUUCCGCAGCAAUGCGGUACAAGGUUGAAAAGAAAGUUGCGGAGCAUCACAGGAAGCAGCGAAGGGAAGCAAAAAAGAAUCCCCAACCAAAAAGGCUGAAGAAGGACCCAGGAAUUCCCAACUUGUUUCCUUUCAAAGACAAACUUCUACAGCAGGCGGAAGAUAGCAAACGCAAAGCUGCAGAAGAGAAAGAGCGUCAGCGCGGGGCCCGAAAAUCCUUACAAAACAAGAAUCGCGGCCUGACAUCCGACCAGCUCGAUCUUGCAGCUCUCGCCAAAAACGCUGCCAAACGAGGACAAGAAUUCGAUUCAUCCCAGUCGAUCCACAACCAGGACGGAUUCUACGCUGGUCACUCCAUGGAUGCCGCAGCAGCAGGGUUGAAGGAUAACUCAAGAAAGGCGUAUUACAAGGAGUUCAAGAAGGUUGUGGAGAACGCCGAUGUCAUUUUGGAGGUGUUGGACGCGAGGGACCCUCUCGGUUGUCGGACGAGACAGAUUGAGGAGCUGAUUCUGAAUGCCGGUGCUAAUAAACGUGUCAUUCUUAUUUUAAACAAAAUCGAUUUGGUCCCUCGUGAGGUAGUCGAGCAGUGGCUGAAGUAUCUCCGCAAUGAGUUCCCUACUAUUGCUUUCAAAGCGUCGACGCAAGCACAGCGAAGCAACUUGGGACAAUCUUCCAUAUCCACUGACAUUGCAUCAGAGCGGCUUUUGAGCAGCAGCGAAUGUCUUGGUGCGGAUAACCUAAUGAAGCUGCUGAAAAACUACUGUAGAAACGCCGAUAUCAAAACAUCAAUCACCGUCGGGGUCAUCGGCUUUCCGAAUGUUGGGAAAUCGAGUGUUAUAAACUCGCUGAAACGCUCGAAGGUUUGCAAUGUUGGGGCCACGCCAGGGGUUACCAAAGUUGCGCAAACCAUCCAGUUGGACAAAGGAAUCAAAUUAUUGGAUUGUCCUGGUAUUGUGUUCAGUCAAAGCAGCCGAGAAGGCGACGAAGCUGAAGUUUUGCUGCGAAAUUGUGUCAAAGUGGAACUUCUAGAGGAUCCCAUAUCGCCUGUGGAAGUUAUCGUUUCGCGCUGCAAGCCAGAGCAGCUGAUGCGGAUAUAUAACGUGCCCCUGUUCCCAGAUACCCGUGAAUUUUUGAUUCACAUUGCACGACAACGUGGAAAGCUUCGAAAAGGUGGAAUACCGGAUCUUGAAAAUGCCGCUCGAUCGAUUUUGCAAGACUGGAACUCUGGCCGUAUUCCCUUCUACACUGUUCCUCCAACAGCUGGUCUACCAGUUGCCUCUCAUGUAUCUAGCGCUAUUGUGGAAUCCUGGAGUCGCGAGUUCGAGCUACCCGAGAUCGUCGAAACCGAAGGCAAAGACCUUCUCACUACCGUGAAGAGCAAGUCAGAGAUCCCGACAAGUAUACUGGCCCUGUCAAACGGAGCUGAUGCUAUGGUGGACAUGGACAUGAAUGAAUUACCUGAAGGGUUCCGGGAUGAGGAAGAAUCGGAUAGCGAGGAGGAUGACGAUGCGAUGGAUGAAGACGAAGACGAAGAGGACUCAGAUGAGGCACCCGAAGCGGUACCGAUGGAAGAGGUUGCAUCUGGUUCGGGCCAGCCCGAGAUCCGAUUCAAGGAGAAGACGCGACGCUCAACAAAAUCAAACUCGGAAAAGGCAGAGCCAGCUUUGACCGCGGCGGAGGCGGCGAUAAACCCACAGCUCAACCAGUCAAGAAAGAAGCAAUUGAAGCAAAAGCGUAAACUGGAAAAGAAGUCGCAAAAGCUAUACGGAGCUGAUGGUGAUAACAUGGUUGAUGAGGCAUACGACUUCUCGGAACACUUUCCCAUCGCUCAACUGCCGGGUGCUGAUGACAGUGAUGAUGACCUUUAGGCCACUCGUUUUUAUGCUGUAUUAUUUUUCUUCAUUAAAUUCUGUACAAAGGUUUAAAAUACAUGAUUAUUAUUUGUGCGCA